AUGUCCCGCGACCUGGAGCGAUUGAUCGAGUCACUCAUCACUGAUGUCUCCUGCUACGGUGACCUAGGAUGUACCGUUUCCCACGUCUUGGAAGCACUAGACGCAUUCUACCAAGAUGCGCAUUUGAGAAGCGACAAGAUAUCUAUGGUCGAUCCAUCGGCCUCGACGAGGACUAACCAACUCCUUUGGUCCACAGCAUGGGACUGGCUUAGGAUCAGGAAGGAUCUUUCUGUUGGAGCCAAUCGAAAAUGGAAUCACUUACCCUUGUCGGAUAUCCUGACCAUACCAGAUGCAGACGCCCAAGAUGGCAUCGCAAUGAAGUCAUCCAGUGCAUCCAUUGCAAGCCGUGAUGUUGCAUCUACAAACGAAGCUCAGCCUCAACCAGGUGCGGGGCCACCGCGGAAGGACCUGCCGCGCAAAAGACCUCGCAUCUACGUAUCUGAAGAUCGGAUGUGGGAAUCGAUCGCUGGACACGCUCCAGACUACCGAAGAGUUCCAAGGCUGGAGUGGAUGGCCUUGGUUGGAAUAGCAUCGACGAAGCAGCAAGGAAUUCUGCAGGGAGAUCUUGGUCGACUUGUCGGCCAAGACAAACGUUCACUGCCAAAAAGAACGGACGCUCUCGCAGAAAAGGGAUACAUUUCCAAGCGCACAACUCUUGUGAGAGGCACAAAAACAAGCAAGCUGUGGCUUACACGCUUUGCUCCUGCGCUUCCUACGGACCCCACGAAAGUCGCCGCUGGUAUGCCCGCCAAUGUCGACAUGUCUCGGGAAGCAUUGGCAAGUGAUCUCGAACCUGUUUCCUGGCGUGGAAGAUGGACAGGGGACUCGGUCGAUUAUAUUUCUCUGGCCCAAACAAUUAUGGCCGUGGUGAAAGCCUACCGAAUCAUCAGAUAUCACGACUUGCGGUGUAAGCUGGGCAUCCUAGGCCUCAGGUGGCAGAUGAAAGUUGCCGCAAAGACCUGUCGCUUUUUCGUUCGAACAGGUGCCAUUCAAUACGUGGGCGCCACCUUGUCAGGCAAGCUAUUCAAGGACUGUCUCAAGUUCGACCAUGACCUUACUCAUGAGGACUGGGCUGCCUAUCUGGCGACCGGAAAACAAAAGAGCCCUUCGUUCUCAUCCUCUGGCUUUGAUGCCGGACUUUUCCCCGCCGAUGGAAUGAAUGCGCAAGGCCCAACUCUCGAUACCGCUUCGCGCCCAGGAUUGGGCCCUCAGCGCAGUAAAAAGACGCGUGCUGCUCCCUGGGUUGCCGACAAGCCCCUGACCACCACUGUGUUCGACAACAUCCAAGCUGCCGGCUCCGCUGGUCUCUCGAACAAACAAAUAGGUGACUCGACACUAGGACCGUCAUUCAGGAGAUACUUGUCGUCCAUCUCAUCAACAUUGGCUAUUCCAGCGCUGCAGCCGAACCACCUCAAGCAUUUCCAAGUACUGAGUGAAAUGCAUCGAAAGGGCAAGUCACAACAAUAUCGCUACUUCGCCCCGCAACUGCCAGGGCCUCCGGAACCUUCUUCUGCUGAAGCAGUCGGGGAUAACGACUAUGGUGUAAACGACGCAGUGCACAGGGGCGAUUCACACGCAGGAUCGAUCAGUCUUUUCACGGCUCCUUCUAUCCCGCCGGAUACUGUUCGCGCUGUCGGUGGUCUGACAGCACUUGCGCAAGGCCCUGGCAAGGGAGCAACGAUGAGUGGCUCAAAACGGAAAGCCGAGGUUCUGGGAAUCUCACAUGCGAACGAACCUCGAGAUGUCGGAUCUCGUCGGGGAAAGCGGGCGAGGCUGGCAUUGCUGGCGUAUCAAGAAGGCCUAGACGAAGAGCACAACGUUCCGCCAGCGAUUAGCCAUGAUGCCAACCCUGAAUUGUCUUUGAGGAUGCCCACUCGUGGAAGCAUGGGAAGAAGAAAGGCAGUCAGCACAGAGCUUGACUCUAUGAUUGUUAAACUCAAGGUCAAGCCGGAAGCGUUGUCGGAUGUUACGCGGGCUCUGGCAGGAGGCUCAAGGGGCGAAAACAGAGUCGAUCCCGCAUCGGCUGAGACCGGCUUCGAAGACAGAGUGGAGGCUCGCAUUUCGCUGAGGAGAGAUUCUGUUUCACGUCUAGAAUCAGGACACGAUGCAUCUGUUAGUCUGAAAUCGGCCGAGGACACCGUAGCUCCCGACGACACACAAGAAUCGAUUGUGGUCGCCCAUGAAAAUCAGGAUCGAACCGCUCAGGAAAAUUCCUUGCAGCCGGUCAACGAAGCCGCUGCUGGAGAAACAACAAGACGCGGAGGGCGACGUGGAAAGAAGAAAGGAGCAGAAAAGAAGAUACGGCGCGUCUUUAAAUGCGAAAAGUGUGGAGGAACUUGGAAGAAUGACGUUGGCAUCAAGUACCAUCUCGAGAAGUCAAAAACGACUUGUAACCCGAGUUACGUUCCACCAGCGACAGCUCCGCCAGAAUUGGUGGACAGAAUAUCUACUUCCGCAAAGCUAGUGACACCUCGUCAGACUAGACAUCGCCAAGCCACAACACCUGCCAUCGAUGAAGCGGAGGAAAUACUGCCCUCGCCAACGGGCGGUCUUACACUGGGUGCUGUUGCCCCUCAUGCGGCAGCAGCCGGCCUAGAUGACUUGAGCAAUAUGGAUACCCUGAUCUCAGAUGGCAACACUGCUACUCGAAGAAGAAAUCCGAGGACCUCACGGCCUAGAUGGUCGCAUGCAUCUUCUGAGGCGAGAUUUGGGGUCAGAAACCGCAUUAGCGGCCAACGCCAACCGUGCAAAUCAUCCUCGCUUCGGCCACCAAUUUCUGUCGUCAGAUCUUCGAUGAGUGGCCUUAUUGAUGACACAGACGGUACUGUCAGAGACAUGCCUGCAGAACACGCCCCAAUCCAGCCGUCCUUCAAACGCUUGCGAGUUGAGGAAACAACAACAACAACAACGAGUGCUGCUGCUGUUGACCGUCGCGGCAGUCCAUCGACCAGUUUUGUCGAAGCUGGUGGAGCCUUUUUACCGACAUAUGGUGCACAAGAGCGCGGCAGUGGAGGGCAAAUCAACUCUAAGUCGAAUACACCAGGGGCAGAAACAUCAUCCACUGUUACACUCGGCUUAUCAAACGCAGAGGCAUUGCGAACCAGUAUUGGCAUCAAAGGUGCUUUGGCAGUCUCCGGGCAGGAUCUCAUGGAGAAAAUUCUCAUGCACAUCCUGCAUGCCAACGGUGGAGUCUUCCCUGGCGGUUGCUCCGUUUGGUAUGCCGUUCUCGCAACGUGGGAAGUAGCUUUCCCGGGCGAACCCGCACCGGCUCACCAGAGCUACAAAGAUGCCCUGGCCCGAUUGGCCAAGAGAAAACAGAUCGUUGUCAGUACACAUGCCUUCAAGGAUUCUAGAGGUAUGAUGGCAAAUUACCAAUUACUGAGGGUCCCCGAGGUUGAGGCAUCUUCACCAGCUGGCGCAGCCAUGAAAGCAAAGAUCACUGCAGCGCAUCCCAAGGCCUAUACACCCUUGGCGUUCACUCCCAAGACCGGGCUCCAUGAUGAAGACAACAACGACGUCCAGCCCGUUUUCUCGAGCCGGCGAAAACUCGUCCAGGGAAUCGACGUUCUUGAUGCGCCUUUUUAUGCUAAGAAAGCCGCAAAUGAACGGCCCCUCACCCCACCUGAGGGUACCAAUCUGACUCCACGGAAACGGAAGAGGAGAAUGGUGACGAAGGAGCAAAUUACACAUGCCGAGGAUGACGGCCCUGAUGGUACACGACGUCGGGACAUUUUCCGAUUUUUUAUGGACGGCAACGAGGGUGCGCACAACGGACUUACGCGGUCAAAUUCGAUGGAAGCUGGAAGAAGCUGCUUCGCAACCCCCUUGAUGUUCCUUAAACCCAACACUUAUCUCAACCAAGAUGUGCCAGAGGAAGUCAGACAUUGCCUGCUAUUACCCGACGACCCAAAUCCUGAGCCAACAUACCCGUCAGCACCAGCCAAGGACGCUGUAUUCAAUAACUUCAACGUCAGUUUCACUGAAGCCACCGUUAUUGUAGGUCAAAGGGGCGUCUGGCCGGCAACUGACGACAGUUUGUUCGAUGUCGAAGACUGCAGCUUGACAACACUAGGUUGGAUGCCGGAUUCUCGAUGGUUCCUGAAACAAAAUCUACCGCAAAACUUGGCUGAGAUGGUGAAAUGGCGCGGCCGCCCGCGGACCAAGUUUCCAAGAAGCAGCCAGUAUCAGGAGUUUUCUGAGCAAGUCGAUGCCUGCUUCGACUGGGAGUUGUCGACUGAGGGUAUGAAGCUCAUGUUGGCCGAGUCAAUCGUGCCAGAGCACAUCUUCAUCAAUCUUGGCGUUAGCGACCUGCCAGGCAAAUGGGAGAAUCCUCGUCUUGACUGGAAUUCCGCUAAUCAAUUGAGUGCGUCUCUAUUGUUCGACGUGCGCUUAUCCGACUUCACUACCACUGCGGCCGAUCAUCUCUGGGGUGGUGACCUUGGCCGUCAACGGCGACGCAAGCGACGACAGAAGCAACCCAUCACAAACACAAAGGACCUUGUAGUGGGUAUAGAUCUGAAGAUCAGGUCGCUCAUAACACUGCCAAAGGAUGCGGACCUGCGAGAGGCAUCCAAGCGGAACAACGGACUGGAUGAGACCAACGAGACAAUCUUGAUAGCGGCGUUCGUUGUGACUAGGACAUUACUAGGCGGCGCCGACAGGGUCAUCGAAUGGGGCUUGAUGAUGACGUUAUUCCCAGACAUGGCUCUCAGUGCUAUGCGGCGAUUCUGGUCCAAAGCCCGGAAGGACCGACGGACGUUCAUUAGUCAACUCACAGAACGAUUCCAGAUUCGAUUCAUUCCCGCCUACGAGAACAAUGAGUUCCCUCCGAUUGACUUUGAUAACUAUGUCGACUACGAUUGGGUCCGUCUCAUCAGAUGGACCGCUGGGCUCGUCGAGGACUCCGUGGAGCUGCCCGCGAGCAAAAAUGCCCUGGUUCAAGGAUAUUCUCUCGCACCAGCCUGGGCAGACGUUGAUAAUUGGCGCGAAGAUUACUACAAUUUUCAGAUGUCUGUCUUUAACAGAUUUGAAGCCGCUACCUCGCGCCCGGCUACAUCCCUCAUCGAUGAAGUCAGCGGAUCUACCCCAAAUGCAAAAGCAAAAGACCUGGUUACAGCAAUGUCCUGGCUUCGCUCUCUCUGCUACACGCCGCGCGAUAGAUACGCACCCCAAGACAUAAGGAAAAAAAUGGCCAGCAUAGGAGGCGGGGACGAGGAGCGCAUUCAAAAUUUGCUCGAGCAAGCGGUUGAGACCCUCCAAGGCCAGGGCAUUAUUACGGACAGCAAGCUGAAGGCACUCGAGGGAAGGCCAUACCGCCUUACUGAGACGUUUCUUCCUCGGUUGAUGAAGUGGACGCAUCAGCACAAGUUUGUUGACGCCGCCCGCUUCAAGUCGCGACUUGAUGUCAGCUUUCGAAGAGGCGAAAAGAUUCGUAUUCCUUACGUUCUCAGAGACGGUGAAGUUAUGGCGAUGAUGAACCUGCAGGCGAAUGGGAGAGUGGCCGUAACCACAGUCGAUGUCCCGAGCAUUCCUCUGGGAUUUGAUCCCGGCAACUAUGAAAGCAGAAAGUACCCGAAGUCGUAUUAUAACUUUGGCCUUGAGAUCGCUCCCACACGACAGUAUCUGUACGACGACGAUUUAGAGGUUAUCGAACGUGCAAGAAGCAACAGGCCCCCACGAGAAAACCAGAACCGAGCCAUACCAUUGUGGUCUGACUUUUUUGGGGAGCUCAACAUAGAACGCUGGUCACAGGUCCUCGGUGCGGUCGCUUUCGUCAUAGCCACGCGCGGCCCGCUGGACGUCCCGUCUGUUUGCGCAGUUUUGAAACCAUACCUUCAAGAAUUUGAGGUUGAAAUGGUUUUCGAUUGGGGCCGACAUAAUGGGGUGUUAAAGCACAUGGCACACGGGACGAGCUGCACAGUGGACGAGUGGUGGUGGCUGCUUGUCGGGAGGCAGCGAGGCAUUACGUUAUGA